CGGGGUCGCGUUUCCGGUGCCGGUGGCAGCAGAAGGAGUUGAAGCCCAAGUAGCUGGAUUGGUGCGUGUUUCAUUCCAGCUGUAGCACAUUUCAACAGUCUGGCUUGCAGUAGGACAGCAGGAUCCCAGUGGAGAUUGAGACCAUGGCCAAUAGCGAGCGCACCUUCAUUGCCAUCAAGCCUGAUGGAGUCCAGCGUGGCCUUGUGGGAGAGAUCAUCAAGCGUUUUGAGCAGAAGGGAUUCCGCCUUGUUGCCAUGAAAUUCAUGCAGGCUUCUGAAGACCUUCUCAAGGAGCACUAUAUUGACCUGAAGGACCGUCCAUUCUUUGCUGGCCUGGUGAAAUACAUGCACUCAGGGCCAGUGGUUGCCAUGGUCUGGGAGGGGCUGAAUAUUGUGAAGACAGGUCGAGUGAUGCUUGGGGAGACCAACCCUGCAGACUCCAAGCCUGGGACCAUCCGUGGGGACUUCUGCAUCCAAGUUGGCAGGAACAUUAUCCAUGGCAGUGAUUCUGUGGAGAGUGCAGAGAAGGAGAUUGCCUUGUGGUUUCACCCUGAGGAACUGGUGAAUUACAAGAGCUGUGCUCAGAACUGGAUCUACGAGUGACAUGGAAGCAGACCACAGUGCUUGUCCCACCCCCGUUCCCCUCCCUCUCAUGGGCAGGGGCCAGGUCAUAGCAAAUCUAGUUAUUUCUGAGAACUUGCUUUUCAUCUGGAGGGAAGCUCUUGGAGCUGUGGGUGCUCCCUGUACAGUGUUACGUGCUGUCUAUCAUCAGAUUGAAAUGUUUCAUCUCAAGGAAGGA